AUGGCUUCCACGGAGUCACAGUCGCCUUCCCUCGUCGUCCUCGGGGCUGGUGUCAUUGGCCUGUCAACGGCAUUGACGAUUCGUGACAAAUUCCCAUCAUCCAAGAUUGUCAUCGUCGCGAAGUAUUUUCCAGGAGAUUACAAUGUGGAAUAUUGCUCGCCGUGGGCAGGGGGAAAUUGGUGCUCGUCGGCGAAUGACAAUGGGCUCCUGGAGUCAUUUGACCGAGUUACCUUUGGGAGAUUCCAGACCAUUUCUGAGCAGCACCCAGAGGCUGGCAUUCAGGCUUCGCCGUUGAGAAUGAUCUUUGAUCAGAAGAUUGAAGAUGCCGAGAUUCUGAGCAAAGGCACUGGAAAGGUUUGGUACGACGAGCUCGCUGGAGGCUUGGUUCCCGUCGGUGGCGACGAGUUGCCGCACGGUGCAGUAUUUGGAUUGGAUGUCCCGUCCACUUUCGUCAUCAACACGCAGGUUUACUUGCAAUGGUUAUUGGCCAAAUGCCGAAAUGCUGAUGUUCAACUCGUCCGCCAAGCCGUCGAUGCUGUUGACCAAGCUUUCCUUUCAUCGCAAGUCACGGCCGUAUUCAACUGUACUGGUCUGGGUUCAUACAGUCUUGGCGGUGUAAAUGACAAAGAGAUGUAUCCCACGCGGGGACAGACAGUUCUCGUUGAGCAGCCCAUCCAACCCCUGAAGAGAAUGUACUUCCGGUCACCACGUCGAGUUGACAACGAUACUACAUACGUCUUUCAAAGGCCCCUUGCCGGUGGCAUUGUACUUGGCGGGUGUCGAGAGGACGGGAACUGGGACGGAAAAGCCAAUCCGGAUUUCGCCAAAGACAUCAUGAAACGAUGCUGCGCACUUGCUCCAGAAUUGGGGAGACCUGAGGAUCUCAAGGUGAUCAAGCAUGGCGUUGGUUUGAGGCCGAACAGAAAGGGAGGCCCAAGGAUUGAGAUCGAAAAGAGACAGAAAGGAUUCGUCGUGCACAACUACGGUGCUUCGGGAGCUGGGUACCAAGCCUCAUGGGGAAUGGCCGAGCAUGGUGUUAAGUUGUUGAUAGAAUCCCUUGAAAAGGGUGCCUCAACAGUGUCAAAGCUCUGA